AUGGCGAUUGCUGCUCAAUUCGACCUAGAAGUACUCCAGUACGACGUUGUUGGAGCGUUCCUCAACGCCAUGAUCACCAGCGAACACCCAGUAGUUUGUGAUAUGCCAGAUGGAUUCAAGAAACCCGGAUUAGCAUGUAACCAAGGAAACAAUGGCGAUUAA